AUGGGCUUUCCUUUCUCUCCAGUCCUGGCAAACCUGUUCAUGGAGUACUUCGAGUCUGAGCCAACCGUCCAAUUGGCUAAAGUAUAUCGUCGACGUCUUUACUCUCUGGCCUCAAGUUUGGGCAGUGGAUUACCCAACGCCCGUGGACAGACGUUCUCAUCGCUGUUGAUGUGGAGGGACAAGUGGCACAACCACCCCUCGGCUGUCAUCCGCUCACUUGUUCCAACUGUUAGCCAGUUUCAGGUCCUUCAGAAGAUGAAAAGAAUCCGCGUCAAUAGAGCCACCACCCCCUUCACCUUGCCUAUGCGCCUCAUCAAGGAGUUUGCAACGGAACUUGCCACCCCUCUUACCUCCAUAGUCAACGUCUCACUGCAACAGUGUAAGUGCCCAUCACAAUGGAAGACCGCACUACGACUCAUCGCCAUUACUCACUUGCCCAGCCUGUUGUGUGAAAGCUUUGUCGCCGACUGGGCCAACCAGGACCUCGCGCUCAGCGUUGACACUCGGCAGUUCGGCAACAUGAGAUCCUCCGCUGCACACUGCCUCAUCAUCUUCCUCGAGUUCGUCACUGCCCACCUCCAUAAACGCAAAUCCUCCGUCACCACCAUCUUCAUAGACUUCAGGAAAGCCUUCGACCUGGUGGACCACACCACAGUCAUCUCAAAAGCUUCUGCGGGCAUCAAGGAGUGCCUCAUCCUCUUGCUGGCAAACUUUCUUUCCAAAAGGCGUCAAGCUAUGCGCGUGCAGGGUCAAGUUUCCAGCCUCUUGCUACCCACGUGCGGAGUCCUACAGAGGACUAGAAUGGGCCCCUGUGCUUCCUCGUCAUGA